AUGAUUAUCGUUCCUUCAAUGGCUGUGGCUACACCUAAGUUAACUAUCAUUACUGUGUUCUUAAUCAUCUUCUUCACCAACCCAUUUGUAUGUUUCUGCAGAUGCCCAUUGCAAGAAUCUGAAGCUCUUCUUUCCUUAAACUUCACCUCCAUUCCGACCUAUCUUGGUACUAAAUGGACAAAUGAAACGGACUGCUGCGAGUGGGGUGGCAUUACAUGCGAUCAGAACAAGAGCCAUGUAGAGGGGAUAAGUGUACACGACUCAGGAAUAGAUACAUCCGACUCUGGAGUCAUAUUGGAUAGCCUGUGCAAGCUUCCGUUCCUUACAGAUAUAGACUUACAGGAGAUUAGCACAAGUCUAACUGCAAUUAGUAUUCCUUCCUGCGUGGGAGAUCUCCAUUAUCUUCAGUAUCUAAUGAUACGGGACAGUGGCUUGAGUGGUGUAAUACCACUUAGUAUUUGUAUGCUCAUAAAUCUCACUUAUCUUAAUCUUGGAGAGAAUCAACUGAGUGGAAGCUUGCCAUUUUGUCUCAACAAUCUUUCUUCUUUGAGUCUUCUCUCCCUUUCAAAUAACCGAUUAAGUGGCCAAAUCCCAUUUACAUGGGGCAAUCUCCCAUUGCUUGAGCUCUUAGAUGUUUCCUUCAACCAAUUGAGUGGGACUCUUCCCUUGUCAUUUUCAGGGCUGUCCUCCCUUACUAUCCUCUACGCCCAUGGAAAUAAAUUCAAUGAGAGUAGUCCUUCUUGGGCCUUACCAUCCUCUAUAGGAAGUCUCUCCCUCUCACUAAACCAAGAAAUCACAAUUUCAGAGACUUUUUUCCAUAACCUUAGCAAUUUACAAGAAUUUUUUUUAUUCAACUGCACACUAAAUAUUAGUACAUCCUGGAUUCCUAACUUCCAGCUCUCCGAGUUACAACUUGUCUCAUGUCAGAUGGGUGGCCAAAUUCCACCAUGGAUUUCAACUCAGUUCUCGUUAGAAUCCUUGACAUUAGCUAACAACGGUCUUGCUGGAGAAAUUCCCGCUUGGCUAUGGGCUAUGACUUCCUUAUAUAAUCUAAAUCUUUCACGGAAUCAUCUGCAAGGACCCCUGUUUCCAAAUGGUCAGAUUUCUAUUAUGUCAAUCUUAGAUGUAUCUAGCAAUGCAUUAUGUGGACACUUACCUUCCGUUUGGCCAAAAAGUAGAUGGCCUCCCUCGCCUUCAGACGACCCAGUAAUUUGGGGAAAUCCUCUUAUAUUGAUGCUCAAUGACAAUUUGUUUACCGGCAAUAUUCCUCCAGGCUUGUGCAAUGCGUCUGUAGGUGUGAAGUUAAGUCUUGAAAACAACAAGCUGGAUGGCAUGAUUCCUUGGUGUUUAAUCGACGAGGGAUCAUCAAUUCAAAACUUAAAUUUGGGAGGUAAUAAUCUUGAGGGAAGGAUGCCUCAUGGUCUAAUCGUCUCGUCUCACAUCAUGUCCUUGGUGCUAAAAAAUAAUCAGCUCACCGGAGCCUUCCUUCCCUCAUUUACCAUUGAUAUCAUAUCGGGAAGAUAUCCAGCUUUGCAAGUACUUGAUAUUGGGCACAACAAAUUCACUGGACAUCUUCCAAAGUCAAUUGGGAAUAUUUCAUCUCUUCGAGUGCUGGUGAUGAAGGACAACCAGUUCAAUGGUAACAUUCUUACCGAAAUUGGCGAGUUGAAUCAGCUCCAGAUCUUAGACCUUUCGUCCAACAACUUAUCAGGUUCUAUUCCACACAACAUUGUAUUGUUACGAGCGAUGGCUGUAGCAAGAGAGGAUGGCUAUCAGUUGCAGAGUGAACAGGAAUUAGGUGUGGAUGGCUAUUCGUUGGUGUCUUCUCUUGGUGGACUGGAUAUGACUUCAAAAGGUACAGAGCUAUACUACCCAUAUAUUCUUUCCACACUCACUGGCAUAGAUCUUUCCAACAAUCAAUUGAAUGGAGAUGUUCCUCUUGAUUUUGGAAAGUUGAAGGGCUUGAGGUUUCUGAAUCUAUCCAUGAACCAUCUUAGUGGAAUAAUUCCACAUAGUUUGGGGGAUAUGAGUCAACUGGAAUCACUGGACCUUUCUUCUAACCAUCUUUCAGGAGAUAUUCCUUCAGAGCUUCAAUCUCUGAGUUAUUUGGCAUAUUUAAAUUUGUCCAAAAAUAGUCUUUCUGGAAAUAUACCGCAAGGAGGACAGAUGAUCACAUUUGAAAAUACAUCAUAUUCUGGAAAUCCAAAUUUGGACGGAUGCCCACUUCCAAAGAAUUGCUCAUGGCCUAAAUUUGCAACUCCUCCUCCUGUAAGCAUUGCUGAACAUAAAGAUGAAGAGGAGAGCGAGCAGAUUCCCUGGUAUCAGAUUGGAGUAGGAUGGUCAUAUGGAGCAGGUUUUCUGAUUGUUGUAGUGGUAUUGCUUUCAGUAAGCGAAAGGUGGAGAAAGAAAUACUUCAAAGGGGUUGAUAAUACUUUGAUGUUUCUGUUUCCUUUCCUACAUAAUAGGAGAUUAUGA